AUGACCGAACCAGAAAAAAAAACGAGUUUAGAAACCUCUGGUUCGACGGGUUUAAGUGAUUCGAAUUCAGAAGAAAUUCAAGGUGAUGAGUAUCCUACACAACACCAUGCUGGAAAAGUAGGCUUAGGACCACAAUGUAAAACUAUCCUUUCUGUGGUUCUCAAUCGAUUUCAUCCUCAAAAAACUAAAAAGAAAUUGACUUUUGUUGGAAAAACGAUAUGGUUUUUUUGUGUAGAUCAUAAAGGAGAAAGUAUGAUAGAUAAAGUUAAAGGUCUUACACAUAAACUGGUUGGAAAAGGUAAAGAUGAUGAACAUGAACUUCGUAGUGAUCAAGACCAAGGGUUUGGUGAAUUAGGAUUAGGAAACACAGGAUCACAAAAAGAUGGGAUUCAAGAAGUGUUGAUCAUCGUCAUAAGCUUGAGUGAAGAUAAAAUUGGGAUUCUUAUUGGACUUUUUAUCAUUGAUGAUAGUUUUGGAGAAUUGAUUUUGACGGUUUGGUCGACCAAAAGAAGUGAUCUCAUGGAAGUUGAACUGAUCAAAUUAGUUGGUCUUCAAGACUUUGAACACAUUUCGAUUGGUUUGAUCUUUUCUUAUGUAACUGCAAUCUCAACAAUCAAAGUGGGUUUAUUCUUUCAUGGUUAUCAAGAUUGGUUUUGGAUUUAUGGUGAAUGUGUUGUAGAAACCCAAUCAUCUGAUAAAAGCGUUUUACCAAUCGUCAACAACAUGGUAUGA